GAUUCAUCUCGAUCGAUGACAACAAUAGUAAAUAUAUUACUGCAAGUUGGACUUUACAUAUGCACACAAAAAUGCUACAAAUCAACUAUACCACUUACUGUUUCAACUGAUUAUUCCGAAAUAAUCUGUAUAUAUCGAUCCAAUUUUUCUGGGAAAAAGAAAGCAUGGAGAAAUCUGCGAUAAAGUUUCUGGUUUUACAGCUUAUUUUGAUUUGUUUUGGAGUUGGAGUUAGAGGCGUUGACCAAGAAGAAAAAAUUCUUGAUGAACAGCCGUACAGAACUGCAUUUCAUUUCCAACCACCCACAAAUUGGAUGAAUGGUGUGAAGAUCCAAAUGGUAUCAUCACUUGUGCAGAUUCGUCAAACUCCGUAAACAUAGAGGCCUCAUUUCGACAGCUACUUACUCAUUUAUGAUGUUAGCUCUUCAUGGCUAAUGUUCGUGUUGCAUCUCGUGUUUCACUUGCUAUACAACAGGACCUAUGUACUACAAUGGAGUCUACCACUUGUUCUAUCAGUACAACCCAUAUGCUGCCGUGUGGGGAAACAUUUCAUGGGCGCAUUCGGUUUCUUACAACCUCGUUGACUGGAUCCAUCUCGAGCCCGCCCUCAAUCCAACUGAGAACUACGACGUCAAUGGCUGCUGGUCUGGCUCAGCCACACUUCUUGCAGGGGAAGGGAAGCCUCUCAUUCUCUACACGGGCUCCGACUUUCUAGGCCAUCAAGUUCAAAACCUUGCAAUGCCUAAGGAUCUGUCUGAUCCCUUUUUGACAGAAUGGGUGAAAUCACCACACAACCCUUUGAUGCUUCCUGUCGAAGGCAUUAAUCCGGGCUUCUUCAGGGAUCCCACCACGGCAUGGCAGGGGCCGGAUGGCUCGUGGCGUGUGCUCGUCGGGAGCCAGGUGGAAGGCCAUGGAGCCGCGCUCCUGUAUAAGAGCCGUGAUUUUGUGAGCUGGGAGAGGGCUGCUAGGCCCCUCCACGAGUCGAGUAGGACAGGGAUGUGGGAGUGUCCUGAUUUCUAUGGUGUGGAUGAUUUUAUUCACGUGUUGAAGGCGAGUUUCAAUGAUCACGACUACUACGUGGUGGGGAGGUAUGAUGCUGGGACGGAUGAAUUUGGUGUUGUUGGGAGUGAUUUCAUGGAUGAUGUGGUGCGGCUGAGGUACGAUUAUGGCGUGUUCUACGCUUCAAAGACGUUCCACGAUGAUGCCAAGAAACGGAGGGUGGUGUGGGGGUGGGUGACUGAGGGUGAUGGUGAUGAUGGUGGUGUUAAGAGAGGGUGGAAUGGCAUGAUGUCAUUUCCAAGAAGUGUUUUACUUGAUGAAGGCAAGAAACAGUUGAUACAAUGGCCUAUUGAAGAAGUUGAAGAUCUUCGUGGCGAAAAAGUUGCAUUAGAGAAUAAAGAGAUUGAGAGUGGGAGUGUGUUGAAAAUUGGAGGAAUCACAGCUUCACAGGCUGAUGUAGAAGUCUCGUUUCGUGUUCCAAAUCUGGAGGGCGCUGAGCUGAUCGAUGAAGGAUUGCUCGAUCCACAGCAACUCUGCAGGCAGAAGAAUGCAUCAGUUGAGGGAGUGUUUGGGCCAUUCGGGUUGUUGGUCUUGGCCUCGGAGGACUUGACAGAACAAACUGCUGUCUUUUUCCGGAUUUUUAGGCGAAACGAGAAGCGUGUUGUGCUCAUGUGCAGUGAUCAGAGCAGGUCCUCGCUGCAGACUCCGGUGAAAGAGGCGAUUUUCGGGUCGUUUCUUGACGUGGAUCCUGAUCAAGAAAUCUCCCUUAGAACUCUGGUAGACCAUUCCAUAGUAGAGAGCUUUGGUGGGAGAGGUAAGAGCUCCAUCACUGCUAGGGUUUAUCCUAAGCUUGCCAUUUUCAAUAACUCUCACAUCUACGCGUUCAACAAUGGCGCGAAGAGCAUCGCGAUUUCGAGCCUCGUAGCUUGGAGCAUGACGAGAGCUCAAAUCACGCAAUUUCACACGCGGAGAAAGUCAUCAAUCAGUUGAGAUUUUGUGUUACGUCUCAGAUUUUUAUUAAAUUCGUCGUAAAUUUAUUAGAGAAUAUCAUCUAAUCGUCGCAUCAUCUCAAGUCAUGUUUUUUUAUUACAUCCAUUGAUUAUUUUCAGAGCUACAGUAAUAAACUGACAAAAGUUAACUAUUCUUUGAAAAAGAAUUUCAAAUA